AUGGCAGACGCGGUGAGGAGCAUGCUUCCGGUUGUCGUUUUCAUCCUGAGUGCCAGCGUACCAUGUUUUUCAGUGCACAACAGCGGGGAGUGCUACUUCAACACCAAAGGGAGUUGUGAGCACAUGGGGCAGGUGUAUGGGAUGGGAGAGAGCUGGAUAACCCAGGACUGUUACCACUGCGUCUGCAUGGAGCCAUUUGGAGUAGGCUGCUGUGACCACGGGUCUCAGCCCGUGGACUACCCAGACUGGUGUGAGGUCAUCCGUAAGCCUGACUCCUGCAGCAGCGUCGCCGUGAUGAGAGCCAAUCACAAGCUGCCCUGUCUCUGGGGGCGGGGCCGUCUCAGGCCGGCUGCAGGGCAGCCGUGGAAAUCUGACAACGACCCUUUAUUCUGACAGUCCGAGUUCAGCAAACGGAGCAAAGAAAGGGGAGCGGCGACCUAAA